GUCGAGCUAGAUUUUUUUUUAUAUUUCUUUGCGAAUAUUCGCUCCGGGAGGUUCGUCGCUUGUGUCCAUGCCGAACAACCGAAAUGCCUUUUUCCGAGGGCUAUGAAUUUCCAUCUGAUAGUGAAUUAAAUGUCGAGGAGGUCAAUAUAUCUACACCAGCUCUCCGUGCAGGAGCUUACCACUUCGGAAAAUACUGCGAUGAGCAGAGCAAGGAGUUUAUGCUCUGCAAGAAAGAGGAAAUAGAUCCCCGGAAAUGCCUAGCGCCGGGCCGCGCAGUCACCAGCUGCGCUCUCGAGUUCUUCCGAAAGGUCAAGAAUUCAGCGUGCCGCCAGCCCUUCGACGACUACGCCCGGUGUCUCGACUUUAGCAGCGCCGACAUGCACAAUCGGCACUGCAGAAAGACUCAGGCUGCCUUGGACAACUGCAUGCUGGACCAGCUGGGCAUUGAACGGCCACACCUGGGCUACUUUGCCAUGCCACGGAUCCACCAUACAGAGAGGCCCAGGCCUGAACCAAAGUUCAAGAAAGACUACGAGAAGACACCUGCUCUGCCAGAUGACUUCCCCAGGCCGGACGCCAAGCACGGUACCCGUGCCUUCUGGUACAGCUAGGGUGUGCAACUGCGUCUGAGGGAGUGUCUGCUGCCACCUUCCAGUGGACCCUGUCUGCAGUAGAGUAUGAAAGAGUCAUUAAAGUUGCAUAGGGACA